AUGCGGCUAGUCAUGUGUCAGUUGGUGCUAGUAGUCUGUCUUUUCAUUGGGAUUCAAGAGGUAUCCAGUCUUCUACUGGAAAACGACUGUGGAACCACCAAGGAUAAUAUGAUUCACCCAAUGAUUGAUGGUAGUGAUGCAGGCAUAUUCGCGCAUCCUUGGAUGGUCAGCGUAAUGGUCAUGAAUAAAUCACAAUGUGGCGGUUCACUCAUCACUUCUCGAUUUGUUUUGACGGCAGCGCAUUGCAUUUCAAAAGAUUUUAUGAAUGUGCGGCUGGGCGAAUACGACAUCCAGCAUCCCAUGCCCAUCUGUGACAAUUACGUUUGCAAGCCCAGGGCAUUUAAUGUAGAUGUGGAUAUGAAAAUUGUCCACAGUGAUGCACGGAAUGAUAUAGGUCUGCUACGAAUGAAUAAAAGUGUGAUAUUCUCAGACUAUGUCCGGCCGAUCUGUCUACUCGUCGACGCACCGGUGGGACGUGUACCAGCCUUCAAUGUCACCGGAUGGGGAAGGAAUAGUAAUGGAGAACAGCAACAUAGGCUACAGAUUGCCCACCUUUAUGAAUUUCCUAAAGAGCGUUGCAGAAACUUUAACCAAGUACUCGAUGCAUCCUAUAUAUGCGCUGGCAGUAGCCACGAUGAUUCGUGCGAAGGCGAUUCGGGAGGUCCUUUGAGCGCAAUUCGCAGAUAUGGGGGGCGGAGAAGGGUCUUCCAGUACGGUGUCGUUAGCGCUGGAAUUCGUUCUUGUAAAGGCUUGGCAGUGUACACCAAUGUCACACACUUCACGGACUGGAUCUUGGGUGUUAUUCAAAAUAAUGCGUACGCGUUCGCGUAA